CUCUCGCAUCACUCAGCGGAACCUGCUACCGACAGCACAUCUCACAGGAAUUAUCUGCACGUUUGUGAAUAACAAACAUCUGCCUCCUUCGCUGAUGGCCAAAAUGAAAACCGGCUGCGCGAUUCUUGUGGCGUGUGCCUUAGUUGUGGGCACAUCUUUGGGGAGUCACUGGAACGCUCAGACGGUUGCUCCAUGCAGACCUGGCUUCUCCCAGAGCUUCUACACCGUAUUUGUCCCCAGGGUUGUGCUGCAAGGCCUGAACAUCCACAAAGAUACCCUGCUGUCAUCUGGCCAUGUGAAGUUUGAAACCUGUCACCGAAUAGAGGAGCUUUCUUUUGAGAGCAGUGACCCAAAGUUCAGCGUUCGGCCUGAUGGCUCUCUUUACGCAGAGCAAGAUGUGACGAAUCUAACAGAACCCAUCCAGUUCAUGGUGACAGCCAGAGACAGAGCAGGAGAGUAUAUCUGGGAGACCACUGUUAAACUGGCCCUCGCCGGACACCCACUUUCACCUCCUUUUAACCAGAUUGCUGGCGAAGCCAUUUAUGGAGGACCCUCCCACUACCACUAUCAAAAUCCCCGGCUCAUUACGUUUCCACGACAACGGCAGCGAGGCUUAUCCAAUGGGCUGCGGCGACAGAAGCGGGACUGGGUCAUUCCACCAAUCAACGUGCCUGAGAACUCCAGAGGGCCUUUUCCUCAAGUCCUCGUCAUGAUUCGAUCGGACCAGGACAAAAAGAUUGAGAUCCGGUACAGUAUAACAGGAGCUGGAGCAGAUCAGCCUCCCAAUGACGUCUUUAAUAUUGAUCCUGUGACAGGGAAAAUGUCUGUCACAAAACCUUUGGACAGAGAAGAUAGAGCUUCUUACCAUCUCAAAGCUCAUGCGGUGGAUAUUAACGGGAACCAAAUGGAGCCUCCUAUUGAUCUGUAUAUUUAUGUCAUUGACAUGAAUGACAACAGACCCGAGUUUAAGAACCAGGUUUACAACGGAUCAGUCGCUGAAGGCUCCAAACCUGGCACUUCUGUAAUGCAGGUAACGGCCUUUGACGCUGACGACAGCACCACGGCGAAUGGACUGGUGCACUAUCGCAUCCUGAGCCAGACGCCUCACAUCCCCAUUCCCAACAUGUUUACAAUUAACGGAGCCACCGGAGAGAUUAGCACCAUCGCAGCGGGCAUCGACAGAGAGAAAGUCUCUCAGUACACCGUCAUAGUGCAGGCCACUGAUAUGGAGGGAAACUUGAACUUCGGUUUGUCCAACACCGCCACAGCCCUCAUCAGCAUUUCUGACAUCAAUGACAACCCGCCAGAGCUGGACUCUAAAACUUUUCUAGGAGAGGUCCCGGAGAAUGCUGUGGGUGUUGUGGUGGCCAAUUUGACAGUCAGAGACAAGGAUCAGCCUCAUACACCCAACUGGAAUGCUGUAUAUAGGAUCACAGGAGGAGACCCGUUGGGCCAUUUCACCAUACGCACUGAUGAAAUCACCAAUGAUGGCAGGGUCAUAGUGGUUAAGCCAGUUGACUAUGAGCGGAAUGGAGCCUUCAUGCUCAUGGUGGUGGUCUCAAACCAAGCUCACCUGGCCAGUGGGAUCCCCUCCUCCCCAUCUUCCUCUGCUGGUGUCACCAUCACAGUUUUGGAUGUCAAUGAGGCUCCUGUCUUCCCAUCCAACCCUAAAAUCAUCCGCUUUGAAGAGGGAGUACCUGCUGACACCACCCUCGCUACUUUCGCUGCUCUGGAUCCAGACCGCUUUAUCCAGCAAACUAUCAGGUACUCCAAACUGUCAGAUCCAGCCAACUGGCUGAAAAUCAACAGGACCAAUGGAAGGAUCACCACCACCGCGGUGCUGGACCGUGAGUCACCGUAUAUGAAGAAGAACGUAUACGAAGCAACCUUUCUGGCCGUGGACAAUGGUUCCCCUCCUGCCACAGGAACUGGUACACUCCAGAUUUAUUUGAUAGAUGUGAAUGACAAUGUGCCCGUCUUGGUUCCUCAAGAGGCUCUGGUUUGCGAGAGGUCACGACAUGGAUAUCCAGUCAACAUCACAGCCUCAGAUUUAGAUUCAGAACCCAAUGCUGGCCCUUAUGUCUUUGAGCUGCCCUCUUACCCCUCUUCUGCCCGUCGAAAUUGGACCAUUUCACGCCUGAAUGGUAAUUAUGCCCAGUUGAAACUGCGGAUCCCCUACCUAGAGGCAGGCAUGUACAGAGUCCCCAUUUUAGUUUCUGACUCUGGAAACCCUCCCCUGUCCAACACCUCCGUCCUGAAGGUCAAAGUGUGUCCCUGUGAUGAAAACGGAGAUUGCACUGUGAUCGGUGCAGUGACUGUGGCUGGGCUGGGAACUGGAGCCAUCAUCACCAUCCUCAUCUGUAUCAUUAUACUGCUCAGUAUGGUUCUGUUCUUCGUGGUGUGGGUGAAGCGAAGGGAGAAAGAGCGUCAGACAAAACCCUUAUUGAUCGACCCUGAGGAUGACGUCAGAGAUAACAUUCUGAAGUAUGAUGAAGAGGGAGGAGGAGAGGAAGAUCAGGACUAUGACCUCAGUCAGCUGCAGCAGCCCGAGUCUCUAGAUCACAUAAUGAGCAAGCCUGCAGGUGUGCGGAGAGUGGACGAGAGACCCGUUAUCCUAGAAUCUCAGUAUCCUGUCCGGCCAACGGUACCACACCCAGGAGACAUCGGGGAGUUCAUCACUGACGGUUUGCGUGCAGCAGAUAAUGACCCCACCGCUCCUCCCUACGACUCCCUGCUGGUGUUCGACUACGAGGGCAGCGGCUCCACAGCGGGCUCUGUCAGCUCCCUGGACUCCUCCAGCUCUGGGGAACAGGACUACGACUACCUCAAUGACUGGGGUCCUCGCUUCAAAAAGCUGGCAGACCUCUACGGAGGAGGGGGGGAGGACUGAAGGUGCGAGCCAGAGGAAGACGGAGGGGAACAGAGGGGGCCAGGAGGGACUUUUGGCAUCUCGAAUGUUUUAUCGAGAAGCUGUACGCCAAGCCUCCGAAGUGGGCUGAUUAUCUCUCAAGAAAAGUUCCUCUGCACGCUACGGAGGCACGGAGAGGGGAGGAUAUUGCCCUGCAGCCUGCUCUGGACCUUUGCUGCAAUCCACAAGUAUUUUACGGCUUUUUACAAUAUUUCGCGUUGUGGUUUCUUCAGUGUUGUUUUGUCAUUCCUCUCGGAUGGCCUAAAGGCUCAAGAUGGAAUCGAGUUGCGAUGGGGACAGCGAACUCUCGGCGCGCAGGAAUCAAAGAAAACGAGUGCGCACACUUGUUUUUUUUCCAGUCGCUUUAUCACUAAUGAGAGCUCCACACACACUUUUUCUCUCAACUUGAAUUUCAGUAGAACAGAAGCACUGUUGUUGAUAAAGUGCCUUUUGUGGUGUGUUUUGUAUCGGACUCCUGCAAUCUCAGGGUCGGUUGCCAUUUUGAAAAGUUUCUUCUGUUGGGCGCACACUCCCCCGUUCCUGUCUGCUCCUCUCAGCUACCUUCUGCUUUUCGUUCACCUCUGCAUUAGCGGUGCAGAACGCCUCUUUGACUACUACGUGGAAAACAAAGGAAACAGAGAAUGUUUUGUUGACAAACACAAGACUCAUCUUCCCUUAAGCAAUCUCAUUCUCCCUUGAGAAAUUGGAGCGUAUAAAGUACAGUGAUCCAAUUCGACCAAAAAAAAAAAUCAUUUUUCUUUUCUUUUUGAUUAUUUUUAUUUUAAAACUUGACCGACCACGACCAUAUAAUGUUAUGUUGUGUAAUGGUUGUGUAAAAAAAAUCAAGUUCUUUAUUUUAAAAGAAGAAAAAUAUUACUGGAGAAUGCCUUUUAGCUCAUACUCUUGCCUGCCUUGUACGAUUUUGUGUUGCGUUUCCGAUCUGUAAAGGUAAUUUAGGCAUGACAAGUUGCCAGACAGUGAGACUAAAAGUGAUGGCUGAAGAAACCCGACUCUAAAAGGAUUGCAUCAGAAGAAACCUUCUCUUUUUUUGUCUUGAACAUUCCCCUUUUCUAACUUUAUAAGUUGAUUAAAAUAUUAUACGUGCAUGACUUCUUUCAAAACAAUGUCUCAAAUCUCUCGCACUUGUUCCUCUGUGGUCAGAAUGUGAAAAGUAGUUGGCAAAGAAUAUACACCAUACGGAAUAAAUAUAAUCUGAAAGAAAUAAAAAACAAACAAAAAAGAUUCAAAAA